AUGUCUCUAUGUGGCGUCUGUAACGUUAAAAUUAACAACAGUGACGAGGUUAAGUGUGCCGGAGUGUGUGGCGCUGUGUUCCACGCUACCUGUAUCAAGAGCGAAAGUGAUGGCGUAUCAACGCGGUCGCUUAAAAAUUGGAAGUGUAAAGACUGCCGUCUUCUAUCAACAAGCAGUAAGUCAUCUGCGGCUAGUACUGCAAUUACCAAGGAAUUCCUUGUACGGGUGCUUGAUGAAUUUAAAAAAGAAAUGUUCAAUGAAUUUAAAAAUAUAAGAUCUGAAAUGAGUGAGACAUCUACUUCCAUACAAUUCCUGUCGGACAAAGUAGAUGCGUCAAAUGUCUUGAUGAAUAAUAUAAAUAAAGAACUGGCCUGUAUCAAGAAAGAAAAUGCUGAAUUGCGCAUGAAGAACGAUAAUUUAAAUAAGUCCGUCAACGAUCUACAAGAACGGCUCAGAAAUAUUGAACAGUAUAGCAGGAGAAACAAUAUAGAGAUAAGCGGUAUCCCGACUACACCGCAGGAGGACGUCAAGCACAUAGUCAAAGACUUGGGAGUAGCACUAGGAGUGGAGGUACAGCUGAGCAACAUCGCGGCAGCCCAUAGGAUUCCAUCCUACAACAAGAGCCGCCUACCCGCUGUGGUGGUACAGUUCCAUGACCAAGACAUCAAGGAAGCUCUUCUCUCCAAAUUUCGAGAAGCUAAAACCCGAAGUGAUCAUCUCACCGCGGACAAGAUCAACAGGGCCUUUCCUCCUGGCAGAGUGUACGUGAAUGACCAUCUGACCCCGGAAAACAAACAGUUCCUAGCUAUGCUGAAGAAAAAAUGUCAUGAUGUGGGUUAUGUUUUUGUCUGGUGCCGUGACGGCAAGUUUUUUGUUAGGAAAGCUGCCGGGGAGAGGGUACAUAGGGUGAGUACCUUGGAUGACAUUGAUAAGCUUAAGUAG